UAUGUUUUAUUUUAUAAAAUUUUAAACCUCAAACUCUCCCCACCCCUUAACUCUAAACCCUAAGGUUUGGAUUAGUUAACCCUAGGUAUAAGUGUAUAUUUACCUCUUUAAUAAACAUUUUGGUCAUUUUGAUUAUUAGAGUUUAUAUUUGUGAUAGAAACUUUUUUAGUGCUAUCCUAGGGUAUUUCCCAAAAUCUGUUUUGAAUAUAUGUAUAUUUUGAAUCAAAUUUUGAUAUAAAUAAUUUUAAAAUUAUUAUUUUUAUUUGAAAUAUGUAUAUAAAGUUUAAUUUUUUAUGAUUAUUUUAGACAAAAGAUAUUUUUAGUAAUUAGAUUGGACUAUUUUUGUUUAUUUUAAAGGUGGCCUAGAUAGAUAAUUUUCAUAAUAUAAUGGAAAUCCUAUUUUUUUUAAUAACAUAAACCUAUCUAUACUAUUAAAAUAGAAGUCAUGACUUCUUUAAUGUGUGAUAUUUUAAAUGGACCAUUCCUAGAAAGUUGCUUACAUUAUUUAGUUUUUGUAUUUUCACAACAAUAUCCUAACAAGAUAUUUAAUUCUCUUUUUAUUUCAUCAAAAUGUUAUUAGAUAUGGAUAAUUUCGAAAAUAUAUUUAUUCCAUCAAUAUAUAACUAUAGUUGCAUAUAACCAUUUAUAAUAUACUUAAUAACAUUUAAUUGUUCUAGAGUUAAUACCUGCAUAUGAUCUAAUUAGUAAUAAUAAUUAUAAUUAAUAUUUUUAUGCAAAUAAAAUCAUGUUAGAAUUACACCAUGCAAAUAAUAAUAUCGAAUCAAAAAUCAUGUUAUUAUUAUUAUUUAUGUUAUACAUUAUACAUGUAUCAAUAUUUAUUAAGAUAUUGUGUUAACAAAAAUGUACUGAUAAAUUUAUAAUAUUUAUAAUACAUUUCUAUGGAUUCAACCAUAUACUGGUUUUAAUUUGGACCAUUCCUUAAAAUUUUAUUAAAUUUUACAUGAAGUAAUUAUAAUAUUAUAGUAUUUAUCUCUAUAAUUCAAUACAAAUGAUUUUUUUAAAGAAAUUUCUUAACAAAAUCUUUUUAAAACAUUUUCAGAAUUAUUUUAAAUUGUAUAUUCAAAAGUAAUAAAUUUUAAAUUAUUUAUAAUAAACUAUAAUUAGAAAUUAAAGUUUAUUUUAGUUUUGAUUUAUAUAUGAAAAUUUAAAAUUAUACAGAGUAUUAUAAUUAUAUAUUCAAUGAUAAUAACAAUUUCAGCUGAUUAAUUUUCAAAAAUAUAAAUUACAAAGAUUUUGUUAGAAAGAUUCAUUUUUAUUUCAAAUUAAAAGAAGAUAUUUUAUCUUUUUUUUUUUUUGAAACACCGAAGAUAUUUUAUCCAACUUAGUGUAUUUUUCAAAUAUGAUGUUUACGACAAACUUAUUUUGAAGUACAAUGUAUUAUAGUAUUUCAGUAUUUCUUUAAAAGAAACUCUUUACAGUAUCUCAAAACAAUUAUUAUCUACUAUAUAGAUCCAAUUUAAUUUGCUUUCAUAUAAAUUUUAAAUUUUAAAUAUAAAGUAUGUAAAGUAAUAUUGUUACGUAAUAAAGUUUCCAAAAUAAUUUUUGUUAGAAAAAAAUAAAAUUUAUAGUAAUAAUAUACAAGCCACGUAAACAUAGCUAUUAUAGAAUUACAUAAUAUAUAACACUAAAUUACAUUAAGUUAUUGGUAAAUGUUGUUAUAUAAACUAAAAUAUUUUAGUAUAGAAAUAAGAAACCUGCACGGUUGUGCGGAUCGAGAUCUAGUUAUUAUUAUUUUCUUAAUAUACUGCUAUCUAUGUUUUCAAACAACAUUAUACUCUUUUUUAUACUGCUAUUAAUGUUUUCAAAUAAUUCUCAAAUGUACUUUAGUUUUAAUAAUAUAGAUGUGAAUUUUGAAUAUAGCAGUUAGAGUAUUAUUUUGGGGCAGUUAGAUAUUAUUGGAUGCAAUGUAAACAAAGAUUUGUAUAUAUAUACUCAAUCACGUAAAUAAAUACAUUAUUCAAAGCAACCAAUCAGAAACAAUAUAUUAUUUUCAACCACUAAUGAACAGUAGGAAGUUGUGGCUUCCUAAAUUUAAGGAGGUCAUUAAGUUGACUAUGAUCACAGAAUAUAAUAUUGUUAAACAAUUUUGGUUUUUCUAACUUUUUUGGCACGUAAAUAUUGUAUACAUAUUUGCAAGAUUUUCGGUUUCAUAGAUAUUAUUUGUUUUAUUUUCAAACUUUCCUUGUAGGUAAAAUCCGCAUGGUUCAAAAUACGGAACCAGUUGAUUAAUUAAACCUAAUACAUCAUCACGUGAAAUGCCAAUCGAACAGCCUCUGUUUUUAUUAAACUUCGUUGAGUAUGUUUUACGAAAAUCUUAUUAGUAAUAUUCAUAUAGAAUUGCAUCAAUAUCAUAAUAUUUGUGAAAUUAAAUUUUAUACAUAUAUUAUAUAUUAUAUGUAUUGUUUAUCCGAUUCAAUAUGUAAGGGUAAUAUGCCCAUGUGUAUAUUGUCUAAUUAUUACAUAUAUGAUUUAAAUUGUUAUAUAUGAUACUAUAUUGGCCCACAAAAAACUUGUGAAUCAUUUUAAUGGGCUUCAAUAAAAACAUUAUAAUGCAGGCUGAGAUUAAUAUAUAGAGAGAGUGGCAUUCAGUGGUAAUUAUUGAGGAAAACAUAUGAUCAAAUACUAAUUGUACUUCAGUUUUAAUAGUUUAGAUAUAUAGAUUACAAAUUGAUGGUCUUGUACGAACGAUUUAUUAGUCAAGGUUAUCCGAAUACAUACCAUCUUUGGCAAAUAACGUUUUAUGAUAAAUUUAAAUCAGAGCUGGGAAAAUAUUAAUAGAACAAUACAUGGAAAUAAUAAGUUGUCACAUAUGAAAUCCUAUUUCACAGUACACUAUUUGUAAAAAUGCAAGAAUUUUAUUCUUUCGUAAUCUUCGGGUAAGUUUUCAGAUAUGACGUGAUAUGUUUUUCCAUAAUUUUUGAAAACAUAUGGACCACAAACUUUCCUGCUCACAUCAUGAAUCAUUGCCGUCUUACUCGUUUUAAAAAUAUUUGUUUUAUGAUCAGUUAGCUUAAUGUUUUUUUGAUCCUCAUAGUAUCUUUAAUUCUUCUGCAUUAGAUAACAAACACAUUAUUAUACAAAUUAUUUUAUACAAAUUUGAAAAUAAAAAAUUAGGAGAAUAUAAAUUUCUAAAAUAUGACAAUUACGGAAUGGUGAAUAUGAUAUUCAGUAUAAUUAUCAUUCAUCUGCAUUAGUAAAGAAUCGUUAGUAGCAAGAUUCAUAUGUAUUAGAUAUGCAAGAUUAGUACAUGAAUGAAAGACUAUAAAAUAGUCGAGCAAAUUAGUUUAUAUGUACUAUUUAGUGUAGAUCGAAAAAUUCAAUAUUAAACAUAUUCAUAUAAAAUAAUCCCUAGAAUAUUGAUAGAUCAAUAUUAAGGGAAAUACAUUAGAAGGCCAGAGUACUCACUUCAUUAUUGUUUGCCUUCUCACUUGUUUGGUAUUCAGCAUAGUCUAAGGUCAUCUGCAUUAGUAAGAAGUCAUUAGUGCAUGAACAAUAGAAUAAAUGAUACUCGAGGCAAUUAGAUCAAGAUUAUUAAGGGAAAUAUAUUAAACGUCAAGAGUACUCACUUCAUUACCAAUUGACUUCUCAAUUAUUUGGUAUUCAGAGUAGUCAAGAUUCAUCUGUAUUAUAUAUGAAUAAUUAGUACAGGAAUGAAGACCAUAAAGAUACAGAGAGUAGUUAGCAAGGGAUUUUGAUUAAUUAUAUAGAAAAUAUCACUAUAUAAAUGCAUAUAUAGAGGGCAACUGAAAAGUGUACUACGUUAGGAAGGGACAUCGGUUCAUUAUAUAGGAAAUAUUUAGAAUGUGAAACUUCCUUGACAAUAAUUAAUUAAAAAUUUUAACAUUAUAUUUAACGAAAAAUUUAAAUAUAUUAGGAAUAUUCAUGUCUAGCAUUUCUUAUUUGCCGUAUUCUCAUUUUGAAAAGAUUUACUCGGGUGAUUUUUGGAAACAAUAUCAAAACAGAAUUUCAAAUUAUAUGUGGUUAUCAAUCAACUAAAUAUAAUAAUUCUAAAUAUCUAAAUGACAUCAUAUAUCGUAUCUCAUACGUUUCUCAUGGAACAUCAUACCAUAUACACUAAAUAUUACAACCAAACUAUAUGGACUAUCAAACAUCAAACCCUAAACAUCAUAAAUUUAUACUGCCUACAAAAAUAAAUCCAAAGCCAUAAAUCAUAGAACAUGUAAGUUUGAAAUUGGAAUCACAUAUUAUGUAGUUUUGUAUAAAAACCAUAUCGUAUGUUCUUAAGCCAUAAGAUUUAAAGAAUAUGAUUAGAGUAGUUGGGGACCAAACCAAAAUUAGAAGAUAACAACCAGCGAGUUUUGAUUAGGAUAACCAGUAAUAGAUUAAGAAAAACCAAGAUUGAGAAAACGGUAAUUAAAAACGGUUAGGGAAGCUAAUCCCGCAUAAGCAAUGUUAGCAACUCUGAAGAGACUUAAUAAUGAGUCACCAUUGGGAAUUAGUGAGCCAAUCAAAUUAUAACGUUUUCAGUUAAGCGUGUUCUCAAUUCAUAGUAUGAUUUAAUAUAUAAAUUUUAUUAAUUAUUAAUAACAUUAUUUAACUGGUAAUACAAUAACUAAUAGAUAUAAAAGUUGUAUUAAAUGUUAAAUGUACUUAUAUUUUUUUUUUUGUAACAAAAACAUACUUCUAUAAAUACUUAUACUACAAAACAAAGAGAGUAUUUAUUUUAACAUUGUAUAUAUUAUUUUGAGGGGGACAUCCAAUAAACUCAGAAAUGUCACAAACUUUUAUUUCUUAAACAAAACACUGAAAAUAUGAAAUUUUGAUAUUUGAAUCUAUAUAACCGCUUAAUAAAAAAAAUUAAUGAAUGAAAAUAAAAAUCAUUAAGUACUAUAAUAAAUUAAACAACUAAAUAAUUUUGAAAAAUAAAAACACUAAAUUAAUUAAAAUUAUAACAUGAUGACAACUGUCUCCAUGUAUUCUUUCUUUUUACAUUUUAGGUCUUUUUACUUUUAGAUUACAUCAAUUUGGCAUAGUACUUUAUAAUUGUGUACUAUCUAAUCUUUAUUGCACUAACCAUCAGUAUGAAGCUUAAUAAUCUAUUUUAUUGGUCACUAAAAUUAAAAAUGAAUAAAGAAGUAAGUAAAAUAAUCUAAAUAUAUUUAAAUAUUUAAUUAAUUCACAAGUAAAAUAACAGAAUUUUUACUAUUUUAUAUGUAUAAAGUUAGCUUUUAUCUUCUUAUGACAAGUGGCAGAGGAUUUGAUGAUAAGUGUCUCCAUGUAUUUUUUCUAUUUAUAUUUUAGGUUCUUCUUUUAGAUUACUUCAAUUUGGCACAGCCAUGAACUUUAUAAUUGUGUACUAUAUAAUCCUCUUGCAUUAACCAUCAGUAUAUAAAGCUUGAUAAUUUAUUUUAUUGGUCACUAAAAUUCAAAAUGAAUAAAGAAAAAUAAGAUAAAUAAAGUUUAAAUGUUUAUUCUCAACUAAAAGUAACAUAAAUGUUUACUAUUUUAUUAUUUUUAUAUAUUAUAUUAUUACAAUUAAAAAUUAUAUAUGUAUUUUAAUAUUAGAAACCAUAAAAUAACCAAACUAAGAAGAAUAAACUAGAGUACAAUACUUAAUUUAAACGUAAAACCUCCACAAUUACAAAGAACAAGCAAAUACCAUAGUAACACUAACUCAAUAAGGGCUUAAAUCUGAAAAGAGAUCAACAAAGAAGACUAACUUACCUCAUAUUUCCAUAGAAUGUCUUUGCUAGAACAAGCAGAUAUCAGAAAAAGGUAAAAAUAUAAAAUCUGAGACAACGUGAUCAUCGAACAAAAAGGAGCGCGAUAAAGCAUCAACGCAAAAAGCUACAAAAGCGGUCAGAGGAAGAAUAAUCAAUGGAAGACCAAAGUCACCACGAAGCAGGAAGACAGAUGCCUAAAGCCACAUACGAAGCGCCCAAUGCCAGCAAAAAACCACAAAGUUCUGAAUAGAAGGGACCAAAGCUCCAAGAUAUUAACUUUUCACACCUAUACCAAGGGAAACAGGGAAAGAAGAGAAACAACAUGUGGGAGGGAGAAUGGAAGCCAACCACUGAGAAACCAGAGCACAAGCUUGAGACCAGAAACAACCUUCCAAGCCCACUAAGCAUACACAGAGGAAAACACUAUCCAAAGCUAGAAUGGCAAACACGGUGAAAGGGAGAGCCACCAGAGACGCGGACAGCAAUAAAAGGUGCAACGAGAUGAGAGAACAAUGAGAAAAAAAGGGAGACAAAACGAAAUCAGCAAACCGUAGAGCCGUCCUUGAGAUAUGAAAGAGAGCAUAUAAAUCAGACUAGCAAAAACUAGAUCUUGAAAACGAAUACGAGUAAAGACUAUCGACUCCAUGCCAACAUCGAGAAAGACAAUGUCAAAGAGGACUAAACUCUGACCUGACCCAAGGAGAUGUAGUUCCUAACAUUAGACAAAAUCUAAGGAAGAAGAGGAUCAAUAUUAACUGGAACAGCCUACAACAUUGUGACAAACAACCGCACAACUGGAAACUCAUAAACCUGAUUUACAACAAAUAACGUAUAAUCUCACAGGAGAAGAAGGCAAGAAAAAACAAGAGCAUGAAGGUGAGUUUUUAUGGUCAUAGUGAGAAGCACCGCACGCCGGAAAGGUAAACGAAAUACGUAGAUGGUGACGGCUCAAAGUCAAAAUAUGGGAAGAGGGCAAAACCAUCUUAAAAGAAUAAUGUGAAAAUUUUGAAAAAAAAAUACAAUUUUAAAAUAAAAUACAAUUUUGACGCUGAAACUGUUUAUCUUAGAAUCAACAACGUUUAAAUGAAAAGUUAUUGAAAUUCAAUAUGCUUUACAUCAUAAUCUCACUUCACCACUAACAAGUAAUAUUAUACACACAUCAACACACUAUUGAAAAAAUAAAUAUAUAAUAUAUUAACAUAUCACCUACUACUACAUAACACAAAAAAAAAACAACAAAUAAUGUUCUUCACAAAAAAAGACUAAACACAUAAUUACAUCAACCAAAAAAUCAUACUCCCUCUGUUUCAGAAUGAUCAAUGUUUUAGAAAAAAAAAUUGUUUCUAAAAGAUUCAUAUUUUAACUUUUCAAUGUAUGUAAUAAUGAGUACUCUUUCUCACUUCUGGUGGGGUGGUAGUGGAAACAAAAAAGGAAUUCGUUGGCUUUCAUGGACAAAGUGUGUACUCAUAAAAAGGAAGGGGGGGGGGGGGGUGGGGUGGGGGGCUCAGUUUUAGAGAUCUUCAAGAUUUUAAUACAACCAUGCUGGCGAUUACUAGACAAACCAGAUUGUUUGUUUUCAAAGGUUUUUAAAGGAUGAUAUUUUUGAAAUACCGAUCCUUUGGACGAACACAGAUCAUAUUCAUCCUGUUAUGGGUGGAGAAGUAUCUGCUCACCUAGAUCUCUGGUUAAAAAAGGGCUAAUCAAAAGAGAGAGAAUAGGAUAAUCUAUCUCUGUAUGGACAAUUCCGUGGAUCCCCGCUCGUCGCCCGAGGUCAGCAAUACCAAAAACAAAUACUCAAUUUUUAAAUCCUUCUUUAAAGGUGGAACAUCUCAUCAACCCGGUUGAUUGUUCAUGGAAUGUGGAUUUGCUUAAUGCAUAUAUACAUCCUGACGAUGUGAAACUCAUUAGAGGUUAGCAGUAAGUAGAUCUAAAAAACUAGACACAGUGGGAUGGAGUUUUACGGAGUAUGGUAAAUCAGGUUUUAGAGUUGAAUAUUUAUACCCAGAUAGAAUUCAAAGAAUAAAUUAUUUUGGACCAAAUGUAAAACCUCUGUUAGCUUUUUCUUGGAAACUGAAGUGUCCUCCAAAGUUGAGACAUUUUGUGUGGCAAAUUCUAUCUGGUACGCUACCAGUUUCAAAGAAUCUUAAAACUCGGGGGAUCGAUUGUGAUACAUGUUGUAGUAUGUGUGGGGCAGAAGAGGAGUCCACUAACCAUGUAUUUUUUGAGUGUCCACCAGCACUACAAAAAGGGGCACUCUCUAGAAUUCCUUCCUCUCCGACGAUUUUUCCAUCUUCCUCGUUUUCACCAGUAUGGAUUAUCUAUUUUGGAGACUGCCAAAAGAGGAGGAUCUUAGCUAUUUCCCGUGGAUAUUAUGGUAUAUUUGGAAGGCCAGAAAUGAUAAGAUAUACUCAAAAAAGGAUGGAAACCCACAGGAGAUAUUGCGGUUGGCUGAUGUGGAAAGUAAGAUUUGGAUGGAGGCUCAGUUAACUAUGAACCGCACUUCUGCGAAUUCCCAUAGUGGGAGCUUACAACAACCUGUUUGUCUAGCCUUGGAAGAUACUAGAGUUUGUUAUAUUGAUGGGGCUUGGAAAGAUGAAGAAAUAUUUCGGGGACAAGGGUGAUUCUGUAGAAAGAUUGGCUCGACAUAUGUUAUGAUGGGGGCAAUGAAUCUUUGUAGGAGUUUGUCAACUUUGCAUGCUGAGAGUGAAGCACUAAUUUAGGCAGUGGAGUGCAUGAAGAUCCUCCAGUUCUCUGAUGUAGUUUUUGCGAUGGAUUGUUCUCAACUGUUGAAGAUGGUGUCGAUAUCUGAAAAAUGUCAUGGUUUCUCUACACACAUGGAAGGAUUCAACCCCAGUAAGAUUGUCUUCCUUCACUUCCAGAUCAAACAUAUUCCUAGAGCACAAAACACUUUGGCGGACAAGCUUGCACGUGGUGCGAAGAGUUCUCCUUCGUCUAUGUUUUAUGUCGAUUCAGUCCUACCGGUUUGGCUUGCUGGACCGGUUGGAGGUUCUUCGUAGUUUCUAAAUGAUGUUGUCAAAAAAAUGUAUGUAAUAAUGACUAAUUGUAAAUUUCAAACAUUAAAUGUAUCUACUGAACUUUGAUUGGUUAAAAGUCAUAGGAAAUAGUUAAACAAAGAAAACAAUGCAUUUAUUAUCAAAAUUUUACGUAUUUUCUUAAUAAAUAUGAAAACUUUAGAAUAUACAUUAUUUUGAAACAUAAGGGAAGGAGUAUUUAACAACAAUAAACGGAAGGAGUUUGAACUUUCCAUUAUGGUUCUUAUUUUUCUUUAUUUUUGUUUCUUGUCUUUUUUUUUAACAAUUUUUUUUUUAACGACAUAACAAUUUUUUUUUGUUUCUUGUCUAAAAUGUUUCUUUUACACUUCUUUUAUUUUAUUUUUCAGCACGCAUCUUUUUUUUGUAACUAUAUUUGCUUAACAAUUCUUUUUUUUUUUCGCUUAACAAUUCUUCUUAUCACAUAACAAAAAGAAACCUCUAGGCUCCAAGAAGAAACCUCGAAUCUUCCUAACUACAGUUUAUACCAAUUUUAAAAAUUACCUCAAAAGAAAAAAAAAAUCCAUCUGCAUUACUAAUUACGAGCGACGAGAGGAUCAAAACGAUGUAGAUAAAAUAGUAUUUACCCAUGUCUACUCGAACUAAAGACCACAUCAAACACUACAGAAAACAUUGUAUCAUAUCAUACCAAAGUCAGGUAACUCGAGAUCUAAAAAUUCGAACUUGGUGGUCAAAUUUGAAAUCUUUGCACAUGCAUAUAAAGAAAAGCAAAACACAAUUCGAUACUUUGUUGUCAAUUCUUUUCUUCCCAGACUGAAAUACCCAUUACACUUUCCAAGGUAUCUUUUGCUUUGUAUUAGCUAUACCACAUACGUUUUUUUCACUUUUAGUUUACUACAUAAGCCUCACAACCCACAACACAAUUCAUACUAUUUCCUAUUAAUUCCACAAAAAUGCAUAACAAGAUUGGCUCUCUACCGGUCAGAUCCGAUCCAUCAGCCCGGCCUAUAUCCCGUCACCACUCAACGAGCUACAUUGAUCGGGUCAAAGAAAGCCUUACAACAAGAGUGUCCAAAUUCAUAUGCGCUAUUUUCUUAACGGUUUUGCUAUGUUUAGGCAUUGUUUUUUUCAUCUUAUGGAUCAAUCUACGUCCUCAUCGACCCCGUUUCCACAUCAGCGAAUUCUCUCUCCCCGGUUUGGGCAACACUGACGGUUUCGAGACCUCCCAUAUAAGCUUCAAGAUAACGGCUCAUAACCCAAACCAAAAAGUUAGUGUUUACUAUGAUUCCAUGGAAGGAUCCGUUUACUACAAAGAGAAACGGGUCGGGUCGACUAAACUCACUCACCCAUUGUACCAGGACCCGAAGAACACGAGUUUGAUCGAAGGAGUCUUACGUGGGCCCACAAUGACGGUGAAUAAGGACCGUUGGAAGCAGAUGGGACGAGACAGGAAUCAAGGGAAGGUGGUGUUUCGUUUGGAUGUAGUGUCCGUGAUACGGUUUAAGGUGUACACUUGGCACAGUAAAAGGCAUAGGAUGCACGCAAACUGUUAUGUUGAGGUCGGCUGGGAUGGCAUGUUGCUGAGCCGGAACAAAGACAAGAGAUGUCCGGUUUAUUUCACUUAACCAAAUGUGACACAAUAAUGAUUUGAACUUUUUUUUUCUUUUUAUUAAUAUGAUUCCAAUUUGAUUAGUUCAACAUAUCGGCUGUAUUCUAAACAUUUCUUCUAAAUGAUUCCAAAAAUUAUCCUAAAAUGAUGGUUCAUGUGUAUUUAGUUUAGGUGUCACAUUUUGAUUGGCAUGAUGACCUGUACAAAUUCUUAUAGCCAUCCUAUAAUUCAACGUCAAUGUUUAUAUAUUUGUGCCUAAUGAUUUGCACCAUUUACGCGCUUAUGUUUAUGUGAGUCAUGUUGUUUGACUUAUAAUUAAUAUUAUAAGGACUAGGUGAUGAUCCGCGCCUUGCGCAGAGUGAACGAACUAAAAGAAAAUAAAAUUUUGAUUAAUGUCUUAAAAAGAUAAAAAAUAAUAGUAACAAAUAAUUCAUGUUAUAUGACACAAUGCUGUAACUUUUUAUAUACAUAUCAAUGAAAACAAACAGUUUGGACUUUCCGAUUUAUUGUGCUAUCAAGAUUAAACGAAAAAAUAAUAAUUAAGAGUAUUAAGAUUCUUAGUAGACUCAUAUGUUAUAGUUUUUCACAAUUUUAUAUUGUUUCGCCGAAUCCCUAAAAAUAGUAGAGGGAUAAAUGUAAUAUCUAAAAAUAGUAGAAGGAUAAAUGUAAUCUGAUAAAAAUAAUAGUUGCCAAAUUAAGUGGGUAGAUCAAUAUGGGCUAUUAUUUCAGAUGGACCACUUGAAAUGUUUCGUUUUAUACAAAAUAUUGUCCUUGAUAUAUAUAUAGUCAAAAUUGUUAGGGUUGACAAUUGUUAGGAUUUAGAAGUUUGAAAUUAGAAGGGAUAAAUGCAAUCUGAUACUGUAGCUAGAAGUUUAGUGUGAUAUAUAUAUAGUCACAAUUGUUAGGGUUUAGACCGCCUCAAUUCAAUCCAAGAAUCACCCGAGAAAUUCCUUAUUAUUUGAUUCCAAGUGAAAAUUUUGGAAAGUAAUAAGUGGAAGGAAACAAAAUAUAGGAAAUAAUAAAGUAAAUUAUAUUUGAUUAUAUAACUUAACCGGAUUCGAUUUUUAUAUAAAAAUUAGAAUAAAUGUCUGCCACCAUUAAUGUUAAUUUUGAAAUUAAAAUUUUUAGUUCUUAAGUUAAGGGAUUGCAUAUAAUUUAAUAUGUAUAUCCCUUUGAAUACAAUCCGUCAUAUAAAUGUUAAUAUAUAUAUAUAUGAAAAACUAAAUUGAGACCAUCAAGUUUAAACCAAUAAUAGUUCGAAAUUGUCUCAAGAAGUUGUUAUAACAUCAGUUUAUGCUUGGAAUGGAAAGAGUGAGACUAAAGAUUGAUGUUUAUAAAGAAGUACUGAUGUUUUAUCGAUCCUACAUUGCCCAAGAUUAUAUAGGAAAUGUAUUUAACUACAUUUAAGGAAAAGCUUUAGAAUCACACAUUUAUUCUAUUUUUAAACAAAUGUAGAAUUGGUUCUGACUUGCCUAAAAUAUUCAUGUGAUCACAUAAUUUAGUCUAUUCUUGUCUUAGAAUUAAUGCCACAUAUAUGUUUAGUGUACAAUUAAUGGCAAGUUUUAUUAGUAAACUAUUUAUACAAUAAAAGAUUGUGAUCAUGUUAAUACAUACAUUUUUUCUAAUUUCCAUACAAUAAUAGGUUUGACUCCUUCACAAACCUUCAAUCACAUUAAUAGAGAAAUGUAUGGACGAAAUUAAUAUAUAUUCUCUCAAAAAUCCAUUUUUAUAUUUGACAACCCAGUAUGUAUAAGAUUAAGCAUGCUGUUAACCAUAUAUAAUACAUAUAUAAAAAAAUGAAGGAAUAUAUUAUGGUUUUACCUUAUAGUUAAUAUCAUAUAACUUUGCAAAGUAAGAAAUCCAUCUUACCUUUAGAUUAAAUAAUUUAUCCAAUUAUCAUUGUACCAAAGAAACAAACUAUAUGAAACAAUUUAUAAACUUGUUUAUGUUUCUAUUAACCAAAAUUUACGAAUCAUUGAUUUACUAUAUAACAAAACCACUGAAAAUGUUUUGUUUCAAGGGUCAAAUAAGACAAUGUU